AUGAUGAUGAAACCAUUCUCGGUUUGCAUCACCUCGGACGACGAGAACAACCCUCAUCGGGAGGUUCAGUUGCAGUGCUACGACUUUACCCUAAAGAACAAUUCCCCACCCGUGGAGAACAUCUUGCUCCUCCAUUGCAACGGCAUCAACUGUCUCGCCUAUAAAGCGGUCGUCGAACAGUUGGUCGUCUCCUGCAACUGCCGAGUGGUCGCGUUCGACCAACGCGGACACGGAAUGAGCACGUUUACUACUCAAAGAAAAAAUGCAGAAGAGUUCUUAAACGAGGACGACGAGGACGAGAAGAUGUGGUCCUGGAAAACGUUCGCGAGAGACGCGAAAAUGGUUUUGGAAUCUGUCCAGCGUGAAGAUGGAAAAAGAGCAGGCGGAUGGGCUUCGUCGUCCGCGCAGAAGUGGCACGCGGUUGGACACAGUUUAGGCGGUUUCGCUUUACUUUGGUUAGAAGCAACGAAUCCGGGGACGUUUGCGUCGAUUUUAACGUACGAACCGAUAUUUGCGUUGGAGAGUACGAAAUAUCCGGGGAUGCGUACGUACGCCGCGCCGGACGCGAGUUUGCAAGUCAACGCGAGGAAAAGGAAGAGGACGUUUAAAAGUUUCGAAGACGCGUUCGCGUCCUAUCGAAAAGGAUUUUUAGGGAAAGUCAUGGACGAGAGGAGUUUGCGAGGGUACGUGUUCGACGGCGGGUUUCGGAAGGUGGAUGAUUCGUCUGGCGAAGAAGUCGCUUUGACGUGCGAGCCGGAAAUCGAAGCGAGGAUUUACGAAAGCGGCGAGGAAGACGCGAACGCGUUGCAGUUUAUCGAAGAGAGAAUCGAUACCGCGAAAUGUCCAAUCACAAUUGCCAUCGGUGGUGCGACCAAAAAAGCGUACGCGUACGGCGUGGGUAAAACUGUCGCGGAGAGGAUCAGAGGUGCGCGUUUGUUAGAGCUUGGUUUACUCGGACAUUUCGGUCCGUUAUCGGCUCCGGAAGUCUUCGCCAACGCAGUCUACCAGAACGUGUUGGGUAUUUACGCCGACGUAAACGACGACGACGACGACGAAGAAGAAGAAGAAGAACGCGAAAAUACUGUAACCAGAAUAGAAAGGAGUAGAUUGUAG